CUAACGGCAUAAUAACCAGUCCUUUUGCGAGGAUUACUCCUUGAAGAGUAAGCGAUGAGCUGACAUAAAACUGGGAUUUAGGGAACCAAUGUGGAAAGAAGUGACUGCCUUGGACUGAUCGUGAGUGGCGCUGAAACAUUCCGAGACCACGUUAUCAGCCGUAUAGCCUUUUGUCGCUUCAAGCCGCUUUAGCGGCGAGAGAUAUCUUCAUCUGUAUUAAACCAGGAAAGCUAGUCGGUCUUUAUCGCUAGUUUGCCGCAAACAGGACCGAGUGGAUCAGAAUCAUCAACAAGUAGGUUUUCACGGAAAAUAAAAGAGAUACUUCAUCUUCAUCUGCAAAGAGGUGCGCAGUUUGAAGUCUUUCUUCCUGAGAAAUAGUCAAAAGUGUCUGUCAGUGACAAAUGGCUUCAAGCCUUCCCCAGCAAGCAAAGAAAACCGAGGAAUCGACACCAUCAAGUGGCCAAGAUAACGGAUUACAGUUACCAGAGUGGAAAAGAGGAACUAAAGUUAUUGGAUUAUUUAAAUUUGAAGCCAGUAGAGAUGACGACUUGUCCUUUCACAAAGGCGAGGAGUUAGUCAUUGAAGAUCAUCAUGAGGGAAACCGCUGGUUUUCUGCGAGAAACUCAAGAGGGGUUACAGGAUAUAUUCCUUGUAGCCAUGUUAAAGAAAAAGACCUUUUGACAAAUGAUGAUAAGCUGUUUAAAGCAGAACAAGAUGCUGCACCAGAAAAAAAUGCUUCAACAGAAAGCAACGCUGCCCCAGGAAAGCAUGCUGCUGAGCUGUUUGCGACAAAAAAAAAUGCUGGACCACAAAAAAAUGCUGCACCAGAAAGUAACACUGCCCCAGGAAAAAAUGCUGCUGAGAGAAUAGUGUGGUCUCCUGGAACUAGAGUGAUGGGAAAAUAUGCUUUCAAGGGGCGAGACUCAGAGGAUCUGCCGUUUAAAAAGGGCGAAAUUCUCAUUAUAGAAACAGUUACCAGGGUGAGUCCAUAUGAAAACCUUGCAAAAUUGUUCGGCAUCGCUUAUGGAACUGGGAAAAAGGUGUAUUUUCGCGCUACCUCUUGUUUAUGAGCAUUACUUUCCGGUGAG